UCAACGUGACGCUGCUGCAGUAUCUGGACACGGGCCGCUGGUUCCUCUCCGUCUACAACGACGACCUGCGCCCGCACCGCGUCACCCUCGUCGUCGCCGAGGACGAGGGCGUGUCCACUGCGUGCCCCAACGACUGCUCCGGCCACGGAUCCUGCUACCUGGGCAAAUGCGACUGCAUAGACGGCUACGAGGGCGUCGACUGCUCCAAAAGUGUAUGUCCUGUAUUGUGCUCAAAUCAUGGCAAAUAUGGUGGUGGCCUGUGUCACUGUGAAGAAGGCUGGAAGGGUGCUGAGUGCGACACUCCAGAACAUGACUGUCAGGUUCCUGACUGUUCAGGACAUGGACAAUGCCUUGGUGGUGUGUGUGUUUGUAGAGCUGGCUGGAAAGGCCCUUUUUGUGAACAAGUGGAUUGCCCAGAUCCCACAUGCUCGGGUCAUGGUUCAUGUGUUGGUGGAAAAUGUUACUGUAAAGCUGGCUGGCAAGGCAUAAACUGCUCUUCAGUAGAUCAGCAAGUAUACCAGUGCUUGCCAGGAUGCUCUGAUCAUGGUUCUUACGACCUUGAGACUGCUGUAUGUGUCUGUGAUAAUUAUUGGACUGGUGCUGACUGCUCACAAGCUCUUUGCAGUCUUGAUUGCGGGCCACAUGGUCGAUGUGACAAAGGGAAAUGUGAAUGUGACCCUGGAUGGACAGGUGAUCGUUGUGAUUUGUUGCCUUGUGAUCCUCGCUGCUCAGAACAUGGACAGUGUAAGAAUGGAACCUGUGUAUGCUCUCAGGGAUGGAAUGGUCGACAUUGUACACUACCUGGUUGCAAAAGUGCUUGUAAUCGUCAUGGUACUUGUUCCCUGGAAGAUGGAGAAUAUCGCUGUAUGUGCUCAGAUGGAUGGGCGGGUUAUGACUGCAGCAUUCGACUCGAAAUGGAAUGUAAUGAUGAAAUUGACAAUGAUGAAGAUGGAAUGGUUGAUUGCUCAGAUAGUGAGUGCUGCUCACAUCCUUCUUGCUCAGAUCACAUAAUGUGUAUAGCAUCUAGUGAUCCCGUUGAGGUGUUAUUGCGGAAACAGCCACCGUCUGUUACAGCAUCGUUUUAUCAGAGAGUCAAAUUUCUCAUUGAAGAAAACAGUGUUCAGAGCUAUGCCCAUAUUGAUGAAUACAGUGAAAGGAGAGUUUCUGUCAUGAGAGGACAGGUAGUAACACCACAAGGUUUAGGGAUAGUUGGAAUUAGAGUCAGUGUUGAUCGUGACUCUAGAUUUGGAUUUACGCUUACAAGAGCUGGUGGUUGGUUUGAUGUCUUGGUUAACGGUGGAGGAGCAGUAACACUGCAGUUUCAGCGAAGUCCCUUUAGACCUCUAACAAGGACGGUUUUUGUGCCAUGGAACCAAAUUGUUGUUUUGCCACCUGUGACUAUGCAGCUAAGUGAUGACACAGAUAUAUAUUCUGAAAAUGCAGGCUCUCUUGCUCUUGGAAUGGGUGUACCUCUCAGCAGUAUGCCACUGUUUUCAAAUAUUGCGCAACGGGAACCAUGCCUGGACCAUGACCAUGAGUUGUUGCGACCGGUUGUUAUGUCAACCUGGAUGCCAGAGAAAGUUGGUGGCAUUCCUGGAAGAAGUUUAGUUUUUGCAGAAACUCAGAUUCUUCAGGAGAGUAUCCGGAUUCCAGGAUCUGGUCUGCACUUAGUCUAUCGCAGCAGCCAGGCCCCGGGAUAUUUGUCACGUGUCCUAAUGCAGCUGACUCACUCAACAAUUCCUCCAACCCUUACCCAUGUCCAUGUACGUGUAGAAAUUGAAGGAUCAGUUCACACCCGUACUUACGAAGCUGAUCCUCAUCUCACACACACAUUUGCUUGGAACAAGAGAAAUGUUUACAAACAAAAGGUAUAUGGGGUUGCUCAAGCCAAAAUAUCUGUAGGUUACCAGUACUCCAGCUGCCCUGCAGUAGUUUGGGAGACACAAACUGCAAUGUUGCAGGGUUUUGAUGUUGACAUAUCUGAUGUGGGUGGUUGGAGCCUUGACAUUCAUCACCACUACAAUUUUCAUGAAGGUAUUCUACAAAAAGGAGAUGGCUCGACUUUACAUUAUAAGCAGUACCCUCGAACUGUGAAAGUGGUUAUGGGAACAGGACUGCAGAGACCACUCCAGUGUUCAGAUUGCAAUGGUGUUGCAAAGGAUGCUCGCUUGCUCACCCCAGUAGCUCUUGCAAGUGGCCCUGAUGGCAGUUUGUACGUGGGUGAUUUCAACCUUGUUCGCCGUGUUACACCAGAAGGAAACGUGUUUACAGUUUUGCAGCUAAGUGCAACCCAGGUGUCAUACCAGUAUUACUUGAGUGUUUCUCCUGCUGAUGGUCACUUGUAUAUAUCUGACCCAGAAAGGCAUCAAGUUCUUAGAGUGCUAUCUGUGGAGCCAAUACAAGAUCCAGGAAUUAAUUGGGAGCCUGUUGUAGGAUCUGGUGAGCGAUGCAUUCCAGGAGAUGAAACUCAUUGUGGUGAUGAGGGCCCGGCUCGUGAAGCAAAGCUUGCACAUCCUAAAGGUCUUGCUAUAGCUGCUGAUAAGACUAUGUACAUUGCUGAUGGAACAAACAUAAGAGCUGUGGAUCCAAAAGGAAUCAUUCACACCCUUGUUGGGCAUCAUGGUCAUCAUAAUCAUUGGACUCCUGUUCCUUGUCAUGGAGCAAUCCCUGCACAACAGGCCCAGCUGCAGUGGCCAACAGGUCUUUCGCUGAGUCCUCUUGAUGGUAGUCUACAUUUUAUCGAUGACCGUCUGGUGCUGAAACUAACAGAUGAUUUAAAAGUGAAAGUAGUUGCAGGUACACCAUUACAUUGUCAUUCAAAUAGAGCUGACAAUCAUCCAAAGGCAUCGGCUGGUAGCAACACUGAAAACUCCCAUCCAGAAGAUACUGUUAAGAUUGAUACUGAAAGUGAAGAUGGUCUGAAGGCAACACAGACUGUUCUUGGUUCAGUUCUUGCCCUGGCAUUCAGUCCAACUGGAGAUUUAUUCAUUGCAGAGAGUGAUUCAAAAAAAGUAAAUGCAAUACGUGUAGUUGAUUCAGCUGGACGGAUAAUUGAUUUUGCUGGAAAGCAACAAGAGAAGCCGUACAGAACACAAAACUGUGAUUGCAUAAAUAAUGGAAGUUCGUCAGUGAUGGCUCCUCCAGGAAUGUGCCCUUGUGGAAUGCCUGAAGAUGGCAAUAGUGAUCAUGAUGCAAAAGAGACAAUGCUGUCUUCAAAUGCACAGUUUACGUCCAUAUCAGCUCUGACUGUUUCUCCAGAUGGUGUGCUUAAUGUUGCUGAUCAAGGCAGUUUGCAUAUAUUAGCACUGGAACAUUAUCUCCCAGUUCACAAUGAAAAUGGAGAGUUCAGGAUUCCAUAUCCACCAACUCAAGAAAUCUAUGUUUUCAAUCGUUAUGGUCAACAUGUUGCAACAAAGGACCUGACAUCUGGAAAGACUCGUUAUUCAUUUCUUUACAGCAAGAACACAAGUUUUGGUAAACUGUCAACUGUUACUGACAGCUCUGGGAACAAGAUUCUUUUCCUCAGGGACUAUAGCAAUGUUGUCAGUACUAUUGAAAACACCCAGGAUCACAAAUCAGAUCUUAAGAUUUCUGGAGUAGGUUUCUUGGUGAAAUUCCUAGAGAAAGGAAAAACGGAAAUUGAUCUUGAAUAUGACAGCACAACAGGCCUGCUUACAAGUCGGUCAGAUUCUAGAGGUGGCGGUGGUGGUGAAACGUAUAUGUAUCACUAUGAAUCAAAUGGUCGGCUUACUGAUGUUAUACUACCUACAGGAGAAACCGUUAAUUUGGCAUCUAGACUUACACCAGAAGAUGGACUAACUGUAGAGAUCUCAUCUCUAAUGCAGUCUUUAUCUGCUGGAGAUUUAGUUCAGCCACAGCAUUCUGUCACUUUGAGAAUGGAAGACAGAGGAGCAAAACGGCUAACAGUACUUGAAGGAGUUUCAACCAGCGAAGCUGUAAGCUUCCGCAAUGGAUCGUUUAUUGUUCGUUGGGCCUGGGGUGGUUGGAUGGAGAGCUGUGCUCUUGCAAGACAUCCACUCCUUGAAUUAUCUCUACCAACUGAGGCAGAAAUGCUACCACUAUGGAGUAGACAGACAUUGUCACUUGGUGAUGGUCUCACUAACAGCAUGGCUUGGAGCUACAGCUUAGUUGGUGAUGUUAGUGCUCCUCAUCAGACACUGUUGCAGGAGCUAUGGGUGAACAGUUCAAGAGUUCUUGGUAUUGAAUUUAACCAAGUAACUGGACAGGAGACAUUUUAUGACCGUGAAAGACAGCCUCUCCUUACAAUAUCAUUUGAUCAGGCUGGCUUGCCUCAGUCAUGGGUUCCAGCAACUGGAGGACAACCCGUAAAUGUUUCUUAUGACAGAUUCAACAGGGUUGACAGCUGGCAGUGGGGUGUACAAAGUGAAAAAUACAGCUAUGAAAGUCAUGGUUUGCUCUCAGAAAUUAGUUCUCCAAAGGAUGGUGUUACACAGUUCACUUACAAUGAACUUAAUAUGCUGUCGCACAUUACACUGCCAAGCAAACGGCGGUUUGGGCUACAGUAUUCUCCUGAUGGAGGAUUGCGUCAGGUAGUACUACCAAGUGGUACACGCCAUUCAUUUUCAUGUCAACCUUCUCUUGGAUUUCUCCGUGUAUCCUACACAGCCCCUGGUGCAGCCCGUUCCUAUGUACAGCAUUUUGCUCAUUCUGGAGCACUGCUGCAGACUGUCUUUCCUGGAGAUGGAGCUCGUGUCCUGUAUCGGUAUCAUCGCUCUGGACAGUUAGCAGAGAUACUGCAUGGAGAUGGCAGAAGUCAGAUAAAUUACUCACCUCUAACUGGGUUUCCAAGUGCAGUAUUACACAUUGAAAAGGACUUUGAAUAUCGAUGGGAUUAUCAGUAUGUGGCUGGUCUCCUUGUUGAAGAAAGAAUAGAUUUUGGAGCUAAGACAGGAAUCAGCAACGCAAAAUUUACAUAUGAGUACGACAGCAACUUCAGAUUAAUUGGUAUUCAAGGACGUAUUGGUGGACAAACUCUUCCAGAACAUAACCUCGGAUAUAACAUAAAAACUGGUGCUCCAGAGCAGUUGGGCCAGUUUAAGGUAUCACGUCCCAGAGCUAAUGAGACAUCUGUUUAUGAUGGGACAGCAAUUUUCACACGACUCAUCAAUAAUCAGUUUCAGGAGAUUCAAGUUGCAGUCACUAUCCAUCGCAUGGAAGUAUUCAGAAUGGAAUUCUUAUAUGAUGCACGCAGCCGCAUCUCGCAGACACGUACAUAUACACGUAAUGUUGGUGUUAACACCUACACGAAUGUAAAGAACUACACAUGGGACUCAGAUGGCCAGCUAUCUGGAGUAGAAGCUCAGGAGCCAUGGGGAUUCCGCUAUGAUGAUAAUGGAAACAUGCUGUCUCUGACAUACCGUGGGAAUACAAUACCAAUGGAGUACAAUGUAAUGGACCGCAUAGUGAAGUUUGGAGAAGGCCUUUACCGGUAUGAUAACAGAGGUUUGGUUAUACAAAAUGCAAGGGAAGAAAAAUUUCAUUAUAAUGCUAAAGGUCUUUUGGUUCGAGCAACAAAGAGAGGUAGAUUUGAUGUGCGUUAUUACUAUGAUCAUUUGGAUCGUUUGGCUACACGUAAAGAUAAUUACGGGAAUGUAACUCAGUUUUUCUACACGAAUCACAUGCGGCCUAAUGAAGUAAGCCAGAUCUACAGUCCGCGAGAUGGCAAACUCAUGUCUCUUGUUUAUGAUGACCGUGGUCAUCUGAUAUUUGCUCAAGUGCACAGGCACAAAUAUUAUAUUGCAACAGACCAGUGUGGAACUCCUGUUAUGGUUUUCAAUCAGUAUGGAGAAGGCAUAAGGGAAAUAAUGCGUUCACCAUAUGGCCAUAUUGUAUAUGAUUCAAAUCCAUAUCUUUAUCUGCCAGUAGACUUCUGUGGUGGACUUCUAGACCAGGUAACUUCCCUUGUUCACAUGCCAAAUGGAAAGGUCUAUGAUCCAUUGAUUGGACAGUGGAUGUCACCAAUGUGGGAAGGAGUAUUGGACAGAGUAGCAACACCAACACACUUGCAUCUAUAUCGCUUUAAUGGAAAUGAUCCAAUUAAUGUAAGAAGGAAUCCACAGCAUCUAACAGACCAUGAAAGUUGGCUUUCACUCCUUGGAUAUGAUCUGAAAAGCUUGGCUCCUCAACUUUAUCCUGCAAGCCUGCCAGGUGGAGGUCUGUUGUCAACUGUCGGGUUUGGUGGUUCACUUGGACCUUUUCCUGGAGAUCCUACCAAAGGAAUGUUGUCUGCUGCAAUGCCUCAACUUAUGCUGUCACAGUCCUCAAUUCAGCUCAAACAGAAUGGAGUGCUUCCAGCAUUUGGUGUGGCAUCUGGUUUCCUAGCACACCUAGCAGAACGGCAGUUGGGUGAUGCUUCAACUUUGUCAUCCCCACCUCGAUCUGCAAUGAAGAGAGAUACUUGGCCACCUGGGAACUUCCCUGCCACAAAUCCAGCAUCAGUGUUUCCAUUCAGGCGUUUGGGUGCUGCUUCAGAACCACCAUUUGGUCGCGGUAUACUUGUAUCGAGAACACAAGAAGGAUAUGCUGUUAUUAGUAGCGUUCCUGGAGCAAAUGCAAUAUACAAGGAUGUAUUUACAUCUGUCUUCAAUCAGUCAUACCUAUUACCAUUUACCUUCUUGGUGCACAAUGCACAACAGGAUGCAUUCUUUUUUGUGAAAGAGGAAACAUGGAGAGCCAAUGAAGAUCGGGGUCAACUAAAGCGCCUAGGUGGUCAAGUGAACAUAACGUAUCAUGAGAAGGAAGCAGGGAUUUUAGAGAGUAGUGGGGGGACUGGUAAAAUUGGUGACCUGAAAAUACAUGGAUUAAGUGCUGUAGUAAAUUUACGGUAUGGAACAACACCAGAGAAGGAGAAGCAAAGGUUGCUACAUCAUGCAAAAGGACAGGCAGUCCGAAAGGCUUGGCACAGAGAGAGGGAAGCAUUACGGAACAACUUUGUAGGAACUGUGGACUGGUCAGCAGCUGAAGUAGAAGAGAUUAUUAAGGUAGGAUAUGCCUCAAAUUAUGAUGGUGAAUAUUUCCAUGAUGUCCAACGUUACCCUGAACUUGCAGAGGAUCCAUUCAAUAUACGUUUCAUUAAAAAGAGUUCAUCUAGUGGAAAUGAGUCAAAUAAACGAAGAAGGAAAAAGAGAAGCCUGGGGCAGAGACUUUUCUCAAGAUAUGUCAAAAUAUCAUCAAACACUGGUAAUACGCAUCACAAAAGGGAAAGCCCCGUGGAUAUCCUAGGUGCACUGUACAGCUCUGAGUCACAUCAGAAAAGCUGCCUCAAUAAAAAGCACUGGUGGCUUCAGUGGACUCAGCACAAUUCCUUGUGCUGAAACAGUGGUCAGAUUUUUUAAAAUGAAUGAUAAAUUCAUUUCUCCCAAUGAUUUGCUUACAUGACACAUUGUGUGUAUUCUACACCUGACAACAGACAGUUUUUAAUGAGAUACAGGAACUAAGGAAUAUUCUUUAGACAUGCUUUGGUACUCACGGUAUAUGUUUCAGCAGAACUGAAAUGAGCAUGCACAAAAAAGAAUGGAUAGUGUUUAGCACUUAAAUACAGAGCCAAAGACUGAAAGAAGACCAUAAUAGUGGGGACUUCAUACGUCAGAAAAAACUGACUUGCUAGACUUCUAAAAAUACAACAAAGUGCUAAAGAGUAGUUUCAGAAGAUAUAACAUUUGAUACCGUUUAAUGUAUACAUUGUGUAAGUCUGUGUUACUUUUAUAUUAAAAACUAAAAUAAAAUGUUAAGUGUGCCAACUAUUCUACAUGUGAUGUAGUAAGUUAAAGAGUGAUAUAUUGCCACUGAACAUGUGUUUAACAGAUGCAUCCAGACCAAGUGAUAAGCGAUUACGCAAACUUUUAUAAUGCUUCUUCAAGAUUGUCCAUACACAAAGAAUAAAAGUGGUAUUAUUUUCUACCAAAUGUGUUAGCUAUUUCAAAGAUGCCAAAAUAGUCAUGAAUAUAUCAUAAACAUCUUUUAUGGUGCGCAGAUUUUUAGUGCGUUCACUGUGGAAAACUACAUUUUUUAACAAACCGGAUCUUUAAAAUUAUGUACAUAUAUUUAUAAAAACAAACAGUUUUAAAGUGUCGAACUGCAAACAAUUCCGUGAAAGUUUUGAGGAUGAAUAAAUCUAAUGUGCGAGCUCUGUGCAAUGUUGUGAAGUGACUAAUGCUGUUAUUUUUAUGUUUGGUAUAUCCGACCGAAAAUAUAAAGAUGUGUAUAUUAACAUAUAAAGAAGUUAAAUGUGUCCAUUAAAGGAAAUGUGUAGCUAUGUAUACACGCAUCAUGUGUUACCAAUAUUUAUAUAUUUUUUAUUACGUGGUGGAAGUGUUGUGCAAAGAGUAAAAUGUGUAAAUUGAAAUACUCGUUUCUGCUAAAAUGUUUAAUGUUAUGCUCGUAUGUGAAAAUGUAAUUAUGUAUCAGUUGUAUACAGUAUUUUACUUUAAGUUUUGCAUUAUUAGAAUAAUUUAUGUACAGUAUGUUAUUUUUGCCACAUGUGGUUGAAAAGACUCUAGAGGGGAAAACCAAGCAGAAUACCAAAAAUCUAAGUAGUGCACAAUUUAUUUAAAUAUAUUUUGUGUUGUAUGUAUGUGAAUACAUUACUCAUUGCAUUUAUUUCCAUAAGGUGAUCAGAUUUCUAUACUGUCAUAGGGCUGUUGGAACAUAUGCUGUAGCAAGAACAUUUAAAUGUAUAUGAUGUGACAAUAAUUGUGUGAUCACUAUUAAAGAUCUUAUUAUAAUGAUACUUUCUCAUUGCUUGACUUUGGAUAACUUCUGAAUGUUAUAUGUUAAAGUAUUGCAAUUAAAUGUAUAGAUAUUGUAAACAGUGUUCAGCAUUUUGUGUGACAUAUGUUUCCAGUGUUUGUAAUAUGUGGUUACGUGGUUUCCAUUUACACUAGUUCAUACAUUGUAGAGCAAAAAGUAAGAUGUACUGUAAGCUUAUGACACUUUGUUUGUUCCUGUCAAGAUGUCUGGUCACCUUAAUAUGUACACCUAUUAAAUUUGAAAACAGGGUCCAGGAAGAAAAGUUCAUCAGUGCUGUUAAGAUGAUUAGCAAAUCCAUGUAUCAGCAUCAGGAUGUAUAUUUAUAUAUACUAACAAUGAUGUUGAGACUUUUACUUACUAGUGAGUAGUCAGUUAAAGUGUAAAUAAUAUAUGUUUUGCUAUAACGUCCCUUUUGAAAAUAAAUCAAAAUACUUAAGUGGUGUGUAACUGCUGUAUACAGAUAUUUUUGUCAGUGUUUGCUGUACAGUUUUAAUUCUUGAUUUUUAUCAAUUAUGUUAAUAUGUGUUGAAAAAUGUAUCAAUGUCAGUGUUGCUCAGCUAGAAAUGGAAUAUUAAAAAUUGUAUGCAAAUUAUCUGAGUCAUCAUAGUCUUUGGCCAGAAGUUGCACAAUAUCAGUAGGGCAAAGUAAUGCAGGAAUAUGUAUACCAUUGUUAGAUCGAUUCUUUUUUUAAGUAAAACUAAUGAUUUCAUCCAGUGAAUAUUUAGUUUGUGGAACUGUUUAUGAGAACUUUAACUGGUCAAGGAAAAUCUGGUAGUCAAAAUCUGGAAUUAAAAUCUGAAUUAUUGACCACAACUUGAAAACAGCAAGUGAUUCACAUGUCUCUUGUUCAGUUGUUACACUUAACUAAUGUGUGCAUCAUUUAAACAAUUUUAUUUUCCUUAAGUUUUGACUGGUCUACUUCCAGAAGCUCACGUGUAGGGAUAAUUUUUUAAAAACAUCAUUGUUACACACCAGCUCUUCUAUACUGUUCUAAUUUUUCAGAUGUUAUCUAAGUUAACUUAGUAACAACUAAGACUUUGAUGUUCGUGUAUAUAUGUAAGUGUAUUGUGUUAUUAAGUUGUGGACCCUAUGCUGAGUAUAACUUGUGUGUAUGCAUGUUGUAUGAAUGUAUGAUCACAAAACUGCAUUGUUUCAAUUUUCCCCAAGAAAAGAGCUUAUAAAUUUAAAACUGCUUGAAAAAUGCUUCCUCUGCUUUUACAGUUUCAAUUUACAACAGAAAUAGAAUGUGAAAUGUGGAUGAAUACCUCUGCCUUAAGUAAUCUAUGAUGAGAAACUAAAAAAAGUGGACAAUUUUUUAAAUUUAACUUCUGUGAAGUAUGUAACUAUUAUUACUAGGAUGAUUAGUACUGCUAGUACUAAUACUUGAAAGUAAUGACACUGUGUCAUUAUUUGCAGAAUAUGCUUCUUUUAUUAAAAUUUUGUUGGAUGAUAGCAGUCCAAGUGGAGACAGAAAUGACAGAAUUACCAGAAUUCUGAUCAUUCAUUAAUUUCACUGUCAGUACAUUUCACAAAUAUAAAAAAAGUUCAGUGUUUGCUUGCCAGAUGUGCUACAGAAAAAAAGAAAUGCGUAUCAUACAGUUCUGAAAGCAUAAUGACAUUCUUCAGAGAAAUGCUAAAGAGGUUCAUUUCUACUGAAUCUUUUUAGAUAUUUUUUUGUAAUAUUGGAUGAAACUGAAUAUGUGUUUAAUACUUUCAGAGUACAAUAUUGUUUGUAAUGUAUUUAUUGCUGUAAUUUUAUUUGGUAUGAUGCUACUUGAA